UGCCGGUGACUUAUGUCAAGUGACUGAUGAACCUGAAAAAUUUUAAUUCAGAAUAGCUGAUACUGAUAAGGGAUAACUUUGGCCUAUCGAAGGCUUCGCUAUUUUCUAUUGCAAAUUUAGAUAGUAUUUGCUUUUGUUGCUUGUUUCAUUCUCAUAUAGGUUAUUAGAAAAGGUGCAGACGAAACAUCGACGAGCAUGACGAAGGUUCGUCGCCAUCAUGUAGUGUGGUCCUUGCUUAUUGGCUUAAUGUGUGCAAACAAUGCUUCCGGAGACUUCAGUGACUUAGAGAAAGAAAUACUGGAUGUACAAAAGUUCAUGAUACGAAAACUGUUGCCGCUAGCCCAAGAUGCGAUCGUUGACACAGAGACUAGCGCCAGCUGCGCAGGAGCUAUGCUCAAGUUACUGAACGGCAUACGCAACCGAGAAGCUUGGGCCCUCAAAUUUCUUACGAGUAACGCUGGGAUCCCGUCGGCUGCGCUGUACUUUACCACGGGUGCGCUUGGACAUUACGGUAUGUGUGUCUCCUCCAAAGGCCCCGUGGAUGAAUCGACUACAAAACCUAUCUUCACAGGCAAAUUCUGUUCGCUCUAUUUCACCAGUCCUUCAGGUCCAUUAAAUUGGGCAUGGAACAUAAUCAAGGAAAAUGGCGAUGUGCAUCCAAGUGCAAUGCUGCCCUCAAUUGUCGAUUCAAGCUAUUUGCGGGUGAGGAUCCGCUUUGGAGUUUGUGUUCCGUCGACGUGUGAAACUGAAGAGUUAAAUGCCUUAAUCUCUCACGUGGCAAACAAAUAUGAAUAUGAGAGUGAAGUGAGCGGAUGCCGAACUCUGGCCGAUGAAAGCGAACGCACGCCGACAUUCUAUGUGGCUAUAUGCACAUUUGGUUGCUUGGUCAUUUUAGUUGCACUUUCAACUACCGCUGAGCAUCUACAAUGGGGUAAAUCAGGUGACUUCAGCUGUGUGUUUUCGUUGAUCUCGAAUAACAAACAUCUGUUUGCAGCAACGACUGAAAAAAAUCAAGCGCUGGCAUUUCUUAAUGGAGUUAAGGCAUUGCUGUCGUUUUGGAUAGUCCUCGGUCAUACGUAUUUCAUGGUAGACGCUUAUACGAUAUAUACACUCAAGGAGGCGUACGAUGCUAUGAAGUCGGUAUUUGCUCAAUUCGUCAUCACUGGGGCAUUCUUGGGAGUAACGACCUUCUUUUGCAUCAGCGGUUUUCUAUUUACACGUGGCCUAAUAUCAUACAAGGGUCCUUCUAUUCCGGCUGUGUUCAUCUAUGUGGUGUUUAUGGUUCGCCGAUACGUCCGCUUGACUGUUCCAUCAGCGGCCGUGAUACUCUUCGGUUACAUAAUGCGGGCCUGGGUAAAUGGGCCUACAGCUGACGGCGCAUUCCGAGUUUACACAGAAGCCUGCGACACCAACUGGUGGAGGAUUUUCGCGCUCGCAAAUAACUUUGCCACACUCGAAAAUAUGUGUUGGUAUCAUUACUGGUUCAUGUCAGUGGACAUGCAAAUCUUUAGCGUAGCACUCGUCUUCGCUUUGAUGAUGCCCAGACGGCCAAAAUUGGCGAUUACCAUUCUAGUUUUAUGCGCCCUCUAUAGCUGCAUCUGGAUAAUCGAUACAUCGCACCGGAACAAACUUCAAGCAGCCCCCAUCAUUAACGAAAAUUGGGCCCAAUUGUCAAGAUUCUUGUACCUGAUGUAUGUCAAGGCUUUUACCCACUUCAACGCGUGUGUUAUAGGCCUACUAGCAGGAUUCGUGUAUGUGAAAGCCUACGAUAUGUACAUUUCUAAGACUGUGCAGUGCGUUUCGGCAGUUCUCUGUUUUGUAGUCAUGGUCACCAUGAUACUAGCUACUCUACCGUUUUACUACUAUAUUCCGGUACCGCGUUACAUUGAACUGUUCUACGCCGGCUUCCAUCGAAUCGUUUGGUCGGUGGCUGUUAGUUGGCUUUUCUUCCUCAUGGGAACUAACAGAAUGCAAUGGCUGUCACGUACUUUGUCAUUACGCCUAUUCGUUGUCCUUGGCCGGCUUUCCUUCUCAACAUACCUGAUCCACGUCCCAUUACUGACCUACUACAUGGGAAUAAAUACUGUUUAUGUUCAGAUAGAACACUCUAAAAUGUUACGCACAGCUAUCGGAAACUAUGUCAUAUCUGUCGCGCUUGCAUACAUCCUUCAUAUGAUGGUCGAGGCUCCAACGAUGCAGGUAGAAGCAAGAUUAUUCCGAUUUAUCAAGAAGGCAGAGAUGAAGCAGGCGCAAAACGAUAACAAAAAUCCUGAUUUGCACCUGUCCGAUGUAAAGGUCCACUCUGCUACAAAGCUUUAGUAAUACCCUUGUAUAUGCAUUGUCAAUACAUCGAAAGUGGAAAAUUGAAUAAGAUACCUUGAAGCCUAACUUUUAUAUCCUAUACAUGUGAAAAGAUCGACACAAAAUCUGUAAACGACAUCAACUCUGUGUGUAUUUUUGUCAGAGUGGAGAUUCUCCUGUAAGGAAGUCUGUCCAUUUACAACAUCAUCGCUCUCUUCUUCAUCCGCUUCGAUAAGUGCAUCAAAUUACCCUAUUGCAUUAAGUUUCUAGCUUUACCAUGAAUAUACUUAAUGCAAUUACCAAACUACGAUCUCUGAGUGAAAAACGAUACAGAUUUUGUGUCAGUCUGGAUCAUUAAUGGAGAUGUGUGCAGUCAGUAAAUGUAACAUGAUGUGUAACACGUUACAUUUUUAUCCGUAACGAAUAAAUCCGCGUUUGUCAUGCCUUUCCCUUCAUUCCUUCUGUGCAACUAGCUAGGGUUAACCGUCUGCAAAUACUAGAGUAAACAAAGUGCUUCUUUCACGAGUCGUCUGCUCGUCACAUGAUAUUUGAAAGCAACGUAUUGGCGAUCUGUGCAACGGUGCAGAGUUGGUAAUAGAGAAUUUCAGUUAUACGCGUUCCUUUACAAGGUCUCUAAAGAGCGUGUUUAGUGCCUUCAUGCUUGUAGUGUUAAAUUAGUUUUUGGGACAUAAGUAUAACGGCACAACAAGUGACCUAGCUUGGCCUUAAGCGUGUAGGCCUGAUGCCAAUAAAUGAAAUACCUAAAAAAUACAUACGCAAAGUUUUUUCUUUAACAACCCAAGCUUGUAUACAUCGAGGGAAGAAUAUCUUAUAUACAUCUGGAAGCAAUCAUCUUCUCCGAUUGGCAUCAACGUGUCCCAUUCGAACUUCUGACUGAAAUCCGUGCAAGGAGCAUCAGUGGAGAUGUCAAUGGACUUAUUAUUGUUAUUAGAAAAUGGCUGUCGCGUUUUUGUCGGUGUAAAUAUUAGGUCAAUUGUUGUUCGGCAUCUGUAGCGUUCGCUUUCCUUUAAUAACAUUCUUCAUAAAAAUCAUAACAGCUAACAUUCAA